GUAGAAAGAGCGAACAUCUCUCGUUGGACUAUUUCACAAACCACGUCUUUCGUCUGCUUGUUUUAACGGUCGGUUCUGGAGACACGGAGUUGGUGGACGGAAAAGUGCUCUCUUUGUCAGUUUCUGGAUGUUCUCAUGAGUGUGUACCGGCCGCAUCCCCUGCCAAUUUCAAGAGCAUGUCAAGUCGUUGUGGUAACACAGGGCAGCAAGGGCAGCCUGUUCGAGCUUGAGCCUGUCCAAGAAUGCAUCAGCUCUUCCGCUUAGUGCUGGGUCAGAGAGACCUGUCCCGUGCAGGAGACCUCUUCUCUCUGGAUGACAGCGAGAUUGAAGACUGUUUGUCCCAAGCCCUGGAGGAAAUCAGAAUCAUAUCCUGCUCUCCAGACUACCUGACCAGUGACAAUGACCAGGCGGUGGUGGAGAUCUGCAUCACGCGCAUCACUACCGCAAUCAGGGAGACGGGCUCGAUCGAGAGGCACGGAGCAGCUCUCGUGUCAUUGUGGGAGUCGUGUCUCGAGCACAACCUCCAGCCGCAGGGCAAAGAUGAGGAUACGCCCCAUGCCAAGAUCGCCUCUGACAUCACCAGCUGUAUCCUGCAGAAUUACAGCAGGGCUCCAGUGAUGGCGUUAGCGGUCCCGGUGGCAGUGCGGUUCUUGCAGCAGGGAAACCAAGAGUUGAGUAGGAACAUGUCCAGCUACUUGUCGCUGGCUGCCAUCGCUAAAGCUGAACUCCUGGCCCAACAUACAGAGGCCAUCACCUGCAGCGUGCUGGGAGGUAACACCAUGCUGUUGAGAGUGCUGCCAUCUGUGUAUCCACGGCAACCAGAGCCCAUUCACCAACACAUCUGUGAACUGACGGCGAUGAUGCCACAGCUGGACCAGGCUAGCAGACAGCACCUGCUCAGUCUACUGCAGAUGAUCUCUGAGCUUCAUCCACUGGUGUUGUCAUCUUUGGUGCCAUCUCUGAUUGGCUAUCUCAGUGACUGUGAUUUGAGUGACACUGCCCUGGGUGUGCUGAUGAAUGUUGCUCAGGCUUGCCACGCCCCUCUCGCUCCCUACCUGUCCACGCUAAGAAAUGUGGGUCAGAAGAACCCUGUGUUGCUGGGACACAUCGCUAAGAUUCAUGGGGCAGUGGGACUGACCAGUGAGGUCCAGGCUCGCGGGGCUCUGCAGUACUUGGUAUCUCUGUUAGCGAGUAUGGAGCACAGCGUCCAUCACACACUAGUACUGGAGAUCCAUAGUCUGACUGAUCGCUACACCUCCAUUCUGGGCGGAGGGGGAAAAGACAUUUACCGCAUGAGCAACAGUUUCACCGCCAUCGCUCGGCUGCUGGGAUGCAAGCUGGAAGCUGACAGUGCAAUGAGCAGAGGAGAAGAGAAGCUGGAUUUGUCCCGACCGUGUGAGUCUAGUUCUGAAGUGUUUGCUGGGAGCAAGAGUCUGAAAGUGAAGAUCCAGGCAUUUGAGCAGAAGAUAGGUGAGGAGGGGGUGGAGUCUGACACAGAGGACAGGUCUUCAGGACCUCAGAGACGCCACAGCCUAAGCCAGGCAUUACGAGAUGAGCGCAGAGAGAUGAGAUUCAACAGGUCAAAAAGUCUGGCUCUUCACACUGUACGCGCACAAUCUAUUAACUCUGACAGCAGUCCAGAGGGAGAGGGGGUGGAGCUGAGUUCAGAGCCCAAUCCCUGUGAGGCCAGUCCCAGCCCUGUCCCCUCCACACUGGAGGAGAACCACACACAACCCACAGAGAGUAAACUUACCCAGGAUACAUCUCCAAACAGUGAGGGGCAGAAGGUGGAGUCAGGAGACCCUAGGGAGGGUGAUCGACUCUGGACCCACCUGAGAGACAACAUGGAGGAAAUCAAAACCGUCUUUGCAGAAAUGAUCAAACAGAUCCCCGUACCUGAUCACUGUGUCAUUGAAGAUUCGUAUCGUGGCUGUGUAGCCAAGCUGUCAUUCUCUUGUCCACUGAAGGGACACUACUGUCUCUAUGCAAAGUCCUGUUUCUCUCUGUGCAGCCGUCAGCCACACCUGUGGAUCCAGAUCAUGCUAUUGUCACUGCAGAGUAAAGUGAGUGAGGCUCUGUGCUGUCAGGAUGAGUGUGUACAGCAGUUGAGGAAACUCUGGGAGAAAACACAGCUGACAGGAGCAAACAGCUUUGAGCUGGCCAUGACCCAGACGACUGUUCCUCACAAGAAGGAUGUUGACAGUUUGCAGAUCUAUCUGGAGGAGGUCCGUUUUUUUUAUUUGUUCAGCUACAGUGAAGAGGAGAGCGGAUGGCUCUGUUUCAUGUGCAGCAACCCGGAGGAGGCUACAGUUGUUAAUCAGGAUGGUAAGCCACUCAUUGAGGGGAAGCUGAAGGAGAAGCAGGUGCGCUGGAAGUUCAUCAAAAAGUGGAAAACACGUUACUUCACCCUGGCCGGGAACCAGCUCCUCUUCCGAAGAGGAAAAUCAAAGGAUGAACUGGACAACAGCACUAUUGAACUGAGCAAAGUGCAAAGCGUUAAGGUGGUUGCAAAGAAGAGGCGUGACCGCGGGCUGCCCAGAGCUUUCGAGAUCUUCACAGACAGCAAGACCUACGUGCUGAAGGCUCAGGACGAGAAGCAUGCAGAAGAAUGGCUCCAGUGCAUCAAUGUAGCUGUAGCCCAGGCCAAAGAACGCGAGAAUCACGAGGCCACCACAUACCUGUGAUGUCAUACAGACUGCCAUAUCAGGCAUCAAGUGUACGUCUUAGUGCCAAGUUAUCUCAUUAUGACAAUUCAUCAAACAUCAGAGACAAAGACACUGUCCCAAAUGCUGCCCUCAGCCCUUGUGGUAUUUUUCCAGGUCCAUACUUAUGACUUAUGACGCUAAUAGGACUGUAGGGUUAUUGUUCACUCUGAAGUCUGCACCAGUGCAGGCUUGGCAAAAUGGCACACCGAGGACACAUAGCAGCCAAAAAUCAGGUGUUUGUGAGCAGUGUCCUGAUUGAUCAAAUAAGUGGGACACCCUACAGUCUCAUGAACUUCAGUCACCAGCUCUCAUUGAAAUUGAAUGGUCUCGACAAAAUCGCUGACAGUGUGAACGGGGCUUGAGUAUACCUGGUUGCAGCUUGUUGAACAUCUAUCGAGCACACGCUGGAUCUCUCUCGAGCGGUUUCACUUUUGAACGUUCAGAUGAAAGUCAGUGAGCGUUUUCGUACGAUGCAAAGAAAUACACCAGCUUGCCCGUAUCACUCGCCCGCUUGUGGAAGAACAAUCUUCAUUCUCUGUACAGUUUAUUGUGCUCCAGUGUUUAUUAUGCCGGGGGCAUGCAUCACACAUCAUGAAUAAGCAUGCACUGCUUCACGCAAUCAGUUUCUGUGUGAGGAUGUGCAGUUGAGUCAAGUGAGUACCUCCUGAAAAUGUAUAUAUGCCAGUGUUAACCACAGAAAGUGGGGAAAACAUUGGUGAAGUUUCACCAAUUGUACAAAGGUGCCUGUGUUUGUUCUUGGCAGGCAGCAGAACCCCCUAAACCUGCCCCCACCCUCAUCAGUGCCUGUAAGGCUGAGUAGCCUGACAGGAACAACUCGGGACACCUUUCUCCUAUCACGUGAAGUAUCAGGAAGUUAAAAAAAAGAAACGGAUAAUGCAUUAAUUUUUUUACUGGGUAAAUAAAAAAUAGUAAUUAAUAUAUAUAAUUUAUAUUAGGGCUGUCAAUUUAACACAUUAAUUUAGUGUGAAGAAUUGUAUUAAAAAUAACAAACAAAAAAUGUAUGCAAUUAAUUAUGCCCCUAGACCCUAACAUAAAUUCCAUAAUAAAGGAUAUAUUGUCCUACUAUUGGAGCAAUUCAAGACUGAAGUACAUAACUUCUUGUUUUUCUGAGCCACGUCAGUAGGGGGCUGUCAACGCGCCUCGACAAACCUUGCAGCCACAAAAUGAGAGCCAGUCACAAAGGACGCGUUCUUGAUAGCUGGGUGAAGGACAACAUAAUGCAUCUCGAAACGCAAUUUUCAUAGUUUCAACUACUUCAAAAGCGUUCCAUAUGAAGCAAAUGUACGUAGACUGACAACUAAAAAUAGUGCAGACAGGAAAGCAAGAAUGAUCAGCAAACUCAAUUUCAAAACGGAUUGCUGUUGGCUUCUUCAAUGAUAUGGGAAUUAAACAAUAUAUUUGACUUCUAAAGGCACUUUUUUGUAUUGUCUAAUCAAUGCUUUACUUGUCUGCCACAAUAAUGCAAUAUAUUUUCAAUCUGAAUAUCUGAAUUAUUAUAUUUAUUAUAAAUACUAUAAUUUUUUAUUAUUAUUAUGUAUCAUUUAUUUUGAGUUAUUCUUGUUUGGGGGCUCAACAAAUAUUUAUAUAUGCAAUUAAUUAAAAUUCAAUUAAUUAAUUAGCAUGUCAUGUAAUGUAAACAUUUUAAUUGAUUGACAGCCCUAAUAUACAGUACAUACACAAUACAAAUAUAUCAAUACAAGUUUCUAUAGUUGGCAAACAAACCAUCUUUACCAUUUUUUCCAGAAAUACCCACAAGUUAUAUGUAUGUUUAUGGGUAAUUCAUCGUGACAGAUGAAAAGUAUUAUUAACAACCACGCAUACAACGAUUAGAUGAAUUGAAAUGUUACUUCCUUCAGUAAAAGUAAACACAACAGUUUUUAAAGCCUGAAUUGUACUGCCAGCACCACUGCGCUCCUAGAACAAGGCCAUGGCCAAUGUUGUCUUGACAGCAAUAAUAAUAUAAUAAUACAUUUAGCACUUAGUUGUCAAACCAUGUGGACUGAAGUAAGCUGGAUUUUACAAUUAGAAGACAACAAACAACAACAAGUGCCUUUAAUAAUCAGCACAUGAAACCCUUCACCGCAGUGAAUCACACUUCAGUACAAAUGUAUGGAUGGAGAGGCGAUGCAGAUCUUGGUUCACAUUGUUCUUUGACCGCAGGAACUUGCGUGUCAGAUCAAUGUCUUCUCUAAUAACACGGAGGACCUCUCCGAAGUUUGAGGGAGAAUCUCAGAACAAUAGCGGUGAAAGAAAUUAGUUCCACUGCUCUGCGUUUCAUACUUUGGGGUGGGCUUUCGUGUCUCGAGGCCAGUUUGCUGGCAAAGCUUCUCACUUGUUCUUUACGAUUUUAUUUAUCCAAGUAAAAAUACUACACAUGACUUAAACUGCAAAAAAGGCUCGAAUACAACUGAUUCUUUUUAUUAAUAGUUAUAAUUAUUGAUAUAAAUACAUUGUUCUUACACAUCUGGGGGGAAAAAUGGCAGUAUCUUAUGGAGAUUUCAAGAUGUUCUAUUUUUAACCCCUCGUUGUUGUCUUCACUCAUCAGAACAGUUAACUUUCGUACUUCACAGACAUUUUACUGUAGAUUUCAAUUAUUCACAGUGGUCCGAUUGAAUGAAUACUUUUCUAAAUAACAAUAUAAAUCAAACUAAGGAAUGCAUUUUGACUUAAAAUAAUAAGCUGGUCACUUCAACAUUCAUUUAGACCUCACACAAUUGAAACAGUUAAAGCAUGGUUAUUUUAAUCCUGGAUUAUCUUCACGUUGUGCACACAUACUUUAUCCGUGGUCUGUAAUUUAUCCUGGGUUGUCAGGUUUUGAGAUUUCACACAGUACAUUUGGAAACCCUUGGUUCUGAUGUCAUUGGUGUGUGUGUGUGUGUGUGUGAAUGGGUGAAUGAGACACAGUGUAAAGCACUUUGGAGAACCGCUAAGGUUAAUAAAGGCGCUAUAUAAGUGCAGACCAUUUACCAUUGUACCCCAUGUGCUUUCCACAGUUCAACUGUGCAACGUAAAGAGUUAAAAGUGUCCAUAAUUCAGGGGUUAAGCAUAUUGUGAAAUGCUCUAUUGUGGUUGAAAUUCUCAGCAUCCCAAGAACAAACAGAAAAGUAAGACUACAGAUGUUUCUUGUUUUACCUCGCAGUGUAGGGUUAAUUUGUUUAUUUACUUUAAUUGACAUCUGGCUGCAUAUUAGCAUCUUGUAACAUUAUUUAAAUCUCACACCCCUAAUGAACCACACAAACAGAUGAGCUUUUAGGUAAUGUACUUGAAGGUCCCAGGAUAUGUGGAGACAUUCCCAUUUCAAAGUUAUUUUCAAAUUUUUCACUAUUUCCAUGUUUUACUGGAGGCACUUCCUCCAUGUGUUGGGGUCUUGUGGGGGGAGUCUCUCAGCCAAAAUCAUAUUUGUUUUGAGUAUUUUUUUUUUUUUAAUUAUUAUUAUUUUCUUGUGUUUGGUUCAUCUAAUUUCAAAUGCACUUCCAGGCAGCUGUAUAAAUAUCUGUACAAUUACAUGCUUCGUGGUGUGCACAUGUGCAUGUCACCUUUGUGACUUGAGUGUGGCUUAUGUUUAUGUAGUUUCUCCUGAGAGAAGAAUGUUUAUUUUCUCUGUAUUGAAUGCUGGAGGGUUUUUUCCUCUAGUUGAAAUGUGUUACUUAAGGUUUAGCUUAUGUGUUCUUUUUUAAAUACUGAAAUUUACACUAAAGAAACUGUGAGAGUGCAAAUGUAAAAUUAAAUAUUCAGCAUUCAAUUAAAAAGUAGACAUUCAGUUUUGAUUUAAAGGGGAUAGUUCACCCAAAAUGCUAAUUCUGCCAUCAUUUAUUCACCCUCAUGUUGCUCAAAACUCAUGACUGUAUAACUCAUUGCUGAAUAUUCCUGCUGCUCUGUUCUAUAUAACAAAAGAAUGUAGUGACUAGGGGCUGUAAAGGUCCAAAAAAGCAAAAUGUAGUCCAUAAAGUAGUCCAUAAGACUUGUGUGCUAUAUUAUAAGUUUGCAGAAGUUAUACAAUAGUUUUAUGUGAGGAACAGAUUUAAAUUGAAGUCCUUAUUCAUAGAUAAUCUUCUUUUCUUGCGUAACUCUCAAAUCAUAUUUGUACUUGCACAUACCCAUGCUCGCCGCUUCACUUUGAUUGCGAGACAUCCAAGAACCAAAAGGCGUUUAGUGUUAUUGACGGCAAAUUUGGCGCAUGCACAAACAAAUAAUGGCUUACAUUUUGGUCUGUCCCUCACGGAAAACUACCGCAUACGGAUUUGGAAAAAAAUGAGUAAAUGAUGACAUAGUUUUGUUUUGGGUGAACUAUUCUUUUACAUUUUUAUGAUAUAUAUAAAAGUGUGAAGAAUUUGAGUAAUGUUUUUAAACAUGAAGAGAACACUUGGUAAAUUAUCAUUUUAAUCUACGGUAUUUAGUGUUUGUAGUUAAUGUUGAUUUGUAUUUCUACUGCACUGUUCAGCUGUAUUUAUUUCAAAUGUCUUAUAGGAUUUGACUAAGGCUAAAAUAAGUAGACAUUAAAGAUGUUUCAGAUUAAUUUUAAUGUUUAUACAAAGUUAAAUAAAUUCGUUUCUUCUUUAUAUAGUUAUAAACAAUUACACAAAAUCUUCCUUUUUAUUAACUAAAGUGCAACUUUUUUUUCACGUUUUUGUUGUUGUUGUGCGUUUUGUAUGAUGACAUGCGAAAUGAUGAUUUACUUGUCUCAAUAAAUAAAUAA